AUGGCUAUGGACUGGGGACCGAUUAUCGUGGCGGUGGUGAUGUUCAUUCUACUGUCACCGGGGCUGCUGUUCCAGGCGCCGGCCAAGACGCGGGUGGUGGAGUUCGGGAACAUGGCCACGAGCGGCAUCUCCAUUCUCGUCCACAGCAUCAUAUACUUCUGCGUCAUCACCGUCUUGCUCGUCGCCGUCGGCGUCCACGUCCACACCGGCUGA